ACUGGAACCUACAAAUUACAUUGCUCUGAGAUGCCGUCGUCCUCUCCAGAAAAGCGCCCUAAAAUAUCACUCAGAAUUAGCAUCUGUCUCUAAUUAAUGAGACAUCUUUCACUUCUGCCCGAAGAACAUUUCACUGAGCCGCCUUAACCUGGUUCUUCAUUACCGUUAGAUUCGAUUAGCAGAGGCAUAAGACAAGAGAAAAGAUAAGAUUUUUUUUAUAUAGCUCUCUUAGAUUCUACUUACUUGUGUAAAAAAAAAAACUUCUUCCAUGGAAGCGUUUCCUUACCUCUCGCCCAAGGACGAUUACUCUCUGUUUAAUAUCUUGUGCAAGCAGAGCUCAGUGGAGAAAAAUUCACCAUUUCUUCUGUAUAAAAAUCCACCCAAUCUUGAUCUGCCUUCUCUCGACAACAUAAAUUCACAUGCCACCAGAUCUUCUGGUGCAAAAUCUGCCUUCAGACCCACAAGCAAUGCAUUUCGUUUCCAACAGCUAUAUGCGAGUACCCAUUUCCCCGUAAGUCUGUUAAGGUGGAGGGAUGUCAGGUAUUCAAAUCACCUUCUGCAUAACUCAUCAUGUAAUGUCAAUCAAGUCGCGCCGCCUGAUUCAGAUCAGACAAGUGCAGAGCAGGGCAAAAAACGAAAAAACUUCGAGAAAAUCAAGGAGGCAGAAAUGAAGCGUCGCGUGAGUGGUAAACGAAGCAAGGUGGGAGAUAAACGGAGCAGCUCUCAGUGCCCUAAAAAGACGGACAAACUUACAACUUCAGAGCCUCCCAAGGAUUUCAUUCAUGUAAGGGCCAGACGGGGGCAGGCUACAGAUAGCCACAGCCUAGCGGAAAGGGUGAGAAGAGAGAAAAUCAACGAGCGCAUGAAAAUCUUAAGGGAGCUUGUUCCUGGGUGUACCAAGACCACAGGGAAAGCACUUAUGCUUGAAGAAAUCAUCAACUACGUGAAGUCACUGCAGAAUCAAGUUGAGUUGUUGUCAAUGAAGGUGGCAUCUGUGAGCGCCUGUUAUGACUUCAGUGUUGAAAUAAGCAAGGAAUUGUCUAUGGAGAUGAAGGGGGCAGAAGAAAUUCCAGAAACAGUUUCACAUAACAGGGAAAACUCAAUUGAAGCACAAGAAGCCUCACAUGUUUUUGGACUUUCCACAUCUUAUGAUAACAUGCAAGAAAAGCCAUGGACUUCACUGGGAGAAGGAAUCAAAUUAGAAUCUAUGGGACCAAAUGAUUGGGACAGUGAGAUGCAGUAUUUAUUGGAUGGAAGCGUUCAUCUCUAGUGGUUGAUAUUCAUUCAAACUUGCAGACAAUACAUUACAUAUCAUUAGUUUUAUUCAAUAUGCUUCACUUGUGUUUAGGUAAGUUUAUAUUCUGAGUAGUUGUUGGUUUUCUUAAUAUUUCAUAAUGGUGUUUUAGUUUGUUCAAGGUUGCUAUGUAAAUGCUCUCAAAAUGUACAACCAUGUACUAAGGGGGCAUAUCCUUUUAAUAAUAAUAAUAAUGUUAAACAAAUAUUAUUAUAGGUAUUCUUGAUUAUUUUAA